CAUGGCUUACUCUAUCUAUAGUAGGCUAUGUCAUUUUGUUUUCCAAAUCAGGUGAAUGAUAUCAUAAAAUUGUUUGGAAAGUUGAAAAUAGAGACAUAUUUUUUUUAUACAUGAAGAUAAAUUUCUCUUUAUCACAUGUUGGUCAGGAUGUUUUUUCAAUCAUCAAGUAAAUAUAUUUGGAUUUUAAAAUCAAAAUUGAAUAAUGUGAGUUAUGUGAGAUAUUUUUGAAGAAGGUAUGUUUAAUUUUCUUUAAAAAAAUACAUUUUUGUUAAUAUCGUUAUCAAGUGAUAGGUAUAAUUUAUUUACAAAUACUCAGCAGCGUAAAUAAUCAACAGAUUUUAAUCACUGAUCAACCUCAAAAUUGGGUUCAAUUUCAUUUGUUUGGAUAUAUGUGCCAAAGCAUUCAACUCAAAUAAUACAUAGGUAGGUACUUUACAAGUGCCUAGAAUGCUGUAAACGUUUACUUUUAAAAUUUGAAAUAAUAAAAUUGUAAAAAAAUCACAGCACAUGUGUAAGCAAAAUGGCUCACAAAAUUAAAAGAGCAUCUCAAGUAGGUGUUUCCAAUUUAAAACUAUUUUUGGAGUCAGAUAAGAAAAGAUUCAAUGAUUUUAUGGCAAGGAAAAUUACUUACAAAGAGGCACUUACCGAUUUUGAAAAAAUGCAAACCCUGGGAACUGGUUCUUUUGGAAGAGUUUUAUUGGUUAGACAUAAAGCCACUAAUACAUUCUACGCCAUGAAAGUUUUGAACAAAGCAAAGAUUUUGUCGUUGGAACAAGUUGAGCACACACUUAACGAGAAAAAGAUUUUACAAUGUCUAAACUAUCCGUUCGUGGUGUACAUGGCUUUUGCAUUUUCAGAUAACAGUUAUCUAUAUUUUGUAUUACCGUUUAUAAUUGGAGGAGAAAUGUAUACACUUCUCAGAAAAUAUAAAACGUUUGAUGAAGAUCUGGCAAAAUUCUAUGCCGGCCAAGUUGUUUUAGGAUUGGAGUAUCUUCACUACUUGGACCUGGUUUACAGAGAUUUGAAACCAGAAAAUAUACUAAUUGAUGGAACAGGUUACAUAAAAAUAACAGAUUUUGGCUUUUGUAAACAGUUGAAGGGAAGAACAUACACAUUGUGCGGAACACCGGAAUAUUUAGCACCGGAAAUCGUCCUGAGUCGAGGUUAUGGAAACGCUGUGGAUUGGUGGUCAUUUGGAGUACUUGUUUUCGAGAUGAAUGCAGGUUUUCCUCCUUUUCAACAUAAAGAUCCAAUGGUGCUCUACGAUAAAAUAGCAGCUGGUAGAUACAAGGUGCCAGAGCACUUCAGCAUAGGUCUGAGGGAUUUUGUGAAGAAUAUGCUGCAGGUGGAUUUGAGCAAGAGAUUUGGCAAUUUAAGGGGGGGCACUGGUGAUAUACCGUACUUCCAAAAUGUGUAUUUGAUUUAA